AUGGAAACGAUAGCUAAGGCACUAUAUGCUUCGGUGUCGUUUAAAAAAGUGCCCGGUACUUUGAUUUUGCACCCGAAUGGUGUACUUGAAUGGAAUCCAUCAAGCUCUACGUCAAGCGUGCGUGGAUUUCGUGUGCCCGACAUUGGCCUGAAAGGAAUCCAGGUAUCGAAGCCAGGAGCAGCGCAGGUAGCCCUCCGAAUUAUUGCAAACGACCAAACUACAAUAAAUGGAGAUUCGUCGGCCCUUCUUGUGUUUAGCGCGGAUGCGGACACAGCUGGAAAGCACCGAGAAACUUUUAAGGAACGUCUCGCUGCGGCUAUAGCAAAGACGCGUGUCGAUCAGCAACAGCCACCAACGCAGACAGGAACAGCGACUGCACAUACUGCGGCAAGAAUGCAAAAUGGAACAAAAGCUGGGCGUGAGGUCAAUGAAGUGACACUCCGUGGAAGAGUUCUUCGUUCAAACCCACAGCUUCUUGCGCUCCAUAAGGAAGUUGUUGGCUCAGGCACGUUGUCCGAUGCAGACUUUUGGGCACACCCAACGCGAGCAACACUUCUUCGAGCAGAGCGAGCACAGAUGGAACAACAAGCUGGGCGUCGCGGACAGCUUGCAGAUCCACAUCCGACCCAGAACGAGGCAGGGGAAUUAAAAAUUAACAUUACACCCCAGUUAAUCCGUGAUUUGUUCGAGCAGUACCCUGUGCUAACGCGAGCUUAUGAUGAAAAUGUACCAAGCCGGCUAGACGAGAAUACAUUUUGGAUGCGAUAUUUCCAAUCUAAGUUGUAUCAUCGACUUCGUACGUCGCUUCGCUCGGCUGCGUCUGAACAACAUCUCCCCAGUGAUGAUAUUUUUGACAAGUACUUGGAGGCUGAAGACGAUGGGCUGGAGCCGCGCCAGCCUCGCAAUCCACAUGAUGCGUUGUUGAAUCUUGCAUCCACUGAAGAAGACCAUACUGCCACCGGAAAUAUUCAAGAUUGGACAAUGCGUCCAGGGUUUGAUCGGCGCACACUACCACUAGUGCGCCGCUUCAACAAACAUGCAGAGUCCUUGCUGACAUCUUCAUUAGGAACGCUCGAUGAGAGAGAUGCUCGACGAGUGCGUCGGAAGACUGGCGGUGUUGAUGAAGAGUACGAGGCUGGCAGCGAACAACAAAGAAAAGAUCGCAAUCUGGCGCGCGAUCGUUCAGAUAUUCCAUGGGAAUCGCAUUAUGAGAAAGACAUCGUGAUUCCUGACUUGACUGAACGACAGUCUAAAGCAGGACGUCGCUUAAUCAUCCAUGAUCCUCACAUGUACCAAGCGCCGGACACCAAUGAGGAGAAAUCUGAGGAGGCUGAACAAACGCGAUUUGACUAUCAACGCUUUCGCGAUGACAUGGCUCAGUGGCGACUGGAUCUGCGAAAAUACGUUCCCUCUGGCGCCACUAUGGAUAAAACAUUGCGGCAUAUGUUGGAAAAUAUGAAGCGACAAAAAGAACAGCGGACAUCCCGCGCACUUGAUGAGCUUUCAGCUGAUGUGUACAAACGAAUCGUGUCAUGCCAUGCUGCAACGAGCGAAUUUCUCCAGCAGUUUUGGCAAGCAGUGCUCCCGUCCAUGGAUCAUAAGCAUGUGGAUAUGGAGGAGCGCGUCGACAAAGCACGCUACAUGCUCAAGAUUUUGCGUCGAACAGAUACGCGUAUUGAGGAUAUUGCGACGGCUGCAGACUCUUCCUUGCCAGGUGAGGGAUACGAUAUUGUGAUGGAUGCAUUUCGAACUACACGAGAAGCUGUCAAGAUGGCCUUGACAUAUGCAGGUGAACUAUGA